UCGUUUUUAAUUAGUAGUUUUGUAAGAUUUUGAAUUUUGCUCAAUAAAAAAUUGAUAUGGCGCCUACACUUCAGAGCACCGACAUUUCUACAAAUACUGUAACAGAGGUCCAAGCGGAUGGAUCUAUAUUAAAAACCAUUACGAUAACAACAACCACAAAAUUUACAGACGGUACAACUCGACAGAGGAUCAAAACACAAAAGGAGAUAACUCCAGCUGUUCAUACAAGCCAUACCGGAGUGAAAGCGAUUAAAGCAAAUCCAUAUGAGUUCGGCUAUGACGUCUCAAAAUCCACUGCUCCCAAAGCGGUUGUUACAACUUCAAACGAAUUUAUACAACAAUGUUUGGAUGAACACAAUAAGUUUCGUGCAAUGCAUCAUGCGCCUCCAUUGAAACUGAACAAUAAGUUAAGUAAAAUCGCACAGGCCUGGGCAAACCAGCUCGCUAAAGAUGAGAAAAUGUAUCACAGCGAAACUGAUUUUGGCGAAAAUCUUUUUUUGGUCUACAGUAGACAAACCUGGAUACUAUGCGGUUAA